GGAGAAGAAACACCGACAGGGGGCGCACCGCCGUUCGGGACUUGCAAGGAACAGCGGAUCAACAGCAAGCGUUCGCCGCCUAGCGCCCUGUCACUUCCGGGACGGUCCGUCAACAUCGUCACACACGUCGCGGCGAUGACCGCCCGCCCGAACUCGCCGAGCUUCGCUCCCGUCUCGGGAUGAAACUGCGGCGACUCUCCUGUCGCUAAGAACUCGUCACCAGGGGGAUAAAUCGCCGUUUGGCAGCCUCCUUCAGAGUUCUCCGGACGGGCCAGCCUACCUGCGGCACCGAUUGACAGGUGACAGCCUCGGAUCUGAGAACGUGGAGAGUGUAUUCUGACACGAAGCCAGCCCCAAAACACACGACAUCAGCACCUUCGGCGCAGCCACUUGGUCGGCAAACCUGCUCCACUGCGGACGUUGGACAUUUUACCCGAAGUCGACAUGGAGGACGAUGCGAACGAUGUACGGAUCGCACAGCCGACUGAAGGACUUCCGAUCGAGGCUUGAUUGCUCUCGAAUUGCACGCAGCGCCGUACAACGUGUGUGUGGUGUCUUGCUCUCUGAAACUCUUGCAUCCGCCCGCCGGGAUCUGCGUAGCGCGGCAAAAGCAACAGUUGGCACAUUAUUAACGGGACAAUACUGGAACGAUUCUCCACAGGUCUGACGCCAUCUGCCUGUUCAUCUACCGUGUGAAACUCCCCUACAGACCUCUACUAUAAAGUCAUAAGGUAGAGUCCGAUAGCUGUUCAGUAAUUAAUUUACGUAGUUGUGCCAGUGUCGAUAUUAUAUGGAAUUAAUCCAGAAGUAGUGCAGUAUAAAAAUUUGUCUAGCAGUAAUAUAGUCUGUGUACUGCUUUAGUGGAAAGUAGUAUAAAGUACUGUUUCUCAGGCGUCAGACGGCUGCUGACAUCUGAGGAAACUAGCGAUUACGUACUGCGUUAAAAAUAGCUCGCGGAAGGUCGCGCAGCAGUGUUGCAAAAAAACACACGCGAAAGACAGCAAUUUCGGAGCAACAGCAGUCGAAGCUGUUUGCGUCUUCCAACAGAGCUGCUCCUGGAUGGUAGUGUUCUUGAAAUCUGACGCGAAAGGUGACUUUUAAUCCGUGUGCUGAAUCGAAGUAAAUGUCAUUGUUUUACUUAGCAGUUUAACGAGUAAAUAGAAGACAGACGAGCUUGUUUCGUAUGCAGUGAGUGUGGAAUGACGGAAGCGCACGAGUUACGAAGAUAAAGCUGCUGCUGUCAAAACUGACGUCUUUGUCUAAACUGGUGUUUAAAAGUUGUCUGACAUUUGUUGUGCCAUAAAACAGGUGUAUCACUAGUAGCAGUGAAAACAAUUCGACGUAAUCUGACUACUUGUCUGUGCAGGGUAGUAGCAUAUUUUAGGGUAAAAAAAAAUAGUACGCUGCCUGUGUCGGAAGGAAUAUUUCUCCUCGUGUGUCAACAGACCAGAACGGUGAAAUAUAUAUAUAGAAAGUGUGCCCUGGAGCGCAAGACACCUGUCGCGUUUAUCGGGAGAUAUAACUGUCGGAGCAACUUGGCAGCAGGUCCGGGAGAAGACAAGAAGAAACGAAGAGAGCGGCGGUGAAGACGACGACGACGACGACGACGCGCGGUGACCACGCUACUCGGCCGUCAGCUGUUUUCCAGGGACGCUUCCAGCUCCAGAAGAAGGGGGAGCGGCCGGCGAGAGGGAAAAUUUACGACCCACCGGGCGAUCAAUUAUUGUCCGCGACUGGAGGCCAGCCCUACGUGCGUGCGUGCGUGCGCCGCUGCGUAGCGCUUCCAGCACGCGCCGCGCCGCUGCCAGGCGACGGGAAAAGCGGAAAAUUGCGCCCAGGGGCGUGAUGGGCGCCCGAUGAGCGACGCCGUAACUGGUGUGGAGACGGCGUGAGAGCAGCGGACAGCACCCAAGUCCAGCCACCUCUCCCCAGCGCGGGACCCUCGGCAGCCACCGCCUCGACCAUUGAUCCUCAACAGUGCAACCCGGCGUACGCCGCCGCCAUGAGUUCCUACCAGUUCGUCAACUCGCUGGCGUCCUGCUACGCAGCGCCGCAGCAGCAGCAACAGCAGCAGCAGCCGCCUUCGCAGCAGCCGCCCCCGCAGGCGCCGGGCGGCGGGGGCGGGCGUCCCGGUCUGGCGUCCCCCGGGGGCGGCCAGGACUACUACGCCCCCAGCGCCGCCGCCGCCUACCCGCCGGCGUGCUACUCGCCCCAGCAACAACAACAACAGCAGCAACAGCAGCACCAUUACGGACAGUACGGGGGCGGAGGGCCGGCCGCGCUGCAGCAGCACCACGCGUCGCCGCCGGGCGCCGUGACGCCGCCGCUGGUGGGCGUGGUGCCGCCCCCGGCGCUGCUCGCGUCCGCCGCCUCCCAGCAACAGCAGCAGCAGGGCACGCAGCAGGCGGCCAGCUGCAAGUACGCCGACACCGCCGCCGCCGCCGCCGCCGCCCCCGCGGCCUCCGGCGGCUCCGCCGGCGCCGGGGGCGGCGUCGCGUCGCCGCAGGACCUCAGCACGGGCUCCGGCCGCUGCAGCCCGCCGGGCGUCAAGGUCAUCCCCUCGCCCGCGACUCCGGGCUCCGCCUCCGCGGCGGCUAGGGGCGGCGCCUCCCCGGGGGCGGCGUCCGCCUCCGGCGCGGGGGCGGCCGUCUCUCAGAGCUCCUCGUCGCCGGCGUCCAGCACGUCGUCCACCUCCAGCAACGCUAACGCCGCGGGAGGCGGGAGCGGCGCCGGGGGCGGCGGUGCGUCCGGCGCCGGGGGCGGCAAGCAGGGCUCUGGCGCCGGCAGCGCCUCCAGCGGGACCGCGGCGGCUGCCACAACUAAUCCUCCGCAGAUCUACCCCUGGAUGAAGAGGGUGCACCUCGGGCAGAGCACCGUGAAUGCCAAUGGGGAGACGAAGCGGCAGCGCACGUCGUACACGCGCUACCAGACGCUGGAGCUGGAAAAGGAGUUCCACUUCAACCGCUACCUGACGCGCCGCCGGCGCAUCGAGAUCGCGCACGCGCUCUGCCUGACCGAGCGCCAGAUCAAGAUCUGGUUCCAGAACCGGCGUAUGAAGUGGAAGAAGGAGCACAAGAUGGCCAGUAUGUCUGCCGGCGGUAACUACUACGCGGGGCCCGGUGGCGCCCUGGUGCCUUACCCAGAUUUCCACCUGGCGUCACUCCAGGAUGAAGGCUACGCGUUCCACCAGGCGAUGGGCAUGGGGGUGGGUCCCAUGCAGAGAGGCCUGUACGCGUGCGGCAGCCCCUACAGUUAGUGGGAGUGGCAGCACUGGGGCCAACAACAGUAGUAGCACUGCACAAGCGGCCGGUGGCAGCGCCUGCUGCGAGGCGCCGCGCCGCGUCUCGAGUGGCAGGCCUGUCUCACGGACACUGCUGCCAACCCAGCGGCGAGAAAGGAACUGCACUUCCCCCAGUUGCACGGUUUUCCCUCUUCUAGCACAAACGACACACACGACACUAAUGUACGAUUGUCUGAAGAGGAAAAAAUCUGUGGGGAUGACAGCACUCCCUUCUCUUUACCUUUAUUUUGCCACAAAAAAAGGAAAAGCGCUUUGGGAAGGCCAGUGUCUACAUUGAUGGAUCAUCAGUUGUGCAGUGAUAAAAAGACAACUCUACUACUAUUUUGGCUUCAGUGUAGCCGAAGUAAAUUACUUGAGUCUCAUUAGAGAAAUCAGAAACAAAAAAACAGUUUAUAUACUUUUGAUGCAGCGAAGUAUUUCGUGAAUCCACCGUAUUUUACUUAUAGGGUGAUUAAAAGUGAUGUAUCAUCCACCUAAAGGCAUCAAAAAUUUCAAAACACAGCAAAAAUCGCACUACAACCACAUGAUUAAACCAUUUGUCAGCAAACUCCACAGAAUAUAUUAGAAUUGAUUCUGUAAGUGACAUUUAUAUAUGCAAAAGAUACGUCUGCAGAGGUGUACAGUAUUUCACAACCAACUAUUUUCCAUUCAUAAAAAACUUAAAGCAUCACUCAAACUCAAGAUCCAAUGUAAAUUGCAGUGCAGUGGUAAAUUUUGGACACUAUCCUGGUGUAACAAAUUAUUAAAAUAAAAUUAAUAUCCAGAGGUGGUUGAGUAAGUCUGAUGCAGUUUCUGCAAUAUUGCAAUGAUCACUGUGACAGCUUCAAACAAUCUAAGUAUUAUGUACAGUGAAACAUGAAGACGUGUUUAAUUUUCAAGUGGACAGUGAGAUAUUUGAAAUAUAGUUUACUUUGUACAUAAAAUGAAGCUGUGGAAGUGUUAGAUACCUGAAUAUGAGCAGUUAACUUAUUGCCUGAUACCCUGAUAUUGUAUUGAUAAAAUAUUUACUCUAGUAUAAAUAUGCAAAAUAUUUAUUUUAACGUUUAUGUGAAAAAGUCAGAAAUGACAGAGAAUUUACUGUAUAUUAUUCAUGAGCACGGAAUGCUGCCACUAAAUACCUAUAGCAAAUAAAUGUUUCCAUUCCAUUCAGGCAAAUGCUACUCUGUUCUGUGCCAUGGCUGUUGAUGUCAAGCGUUCAUUCAACAAGUACUUUUUAUAGUUCAAUUAAGGACUGUGGCUGAUGUUUUCUAUGUCCUUUGCUUUCAUUGAAUUGUCUCAUUAAUUAGAAAAAAUACAUAUAUUUCACAAUGCUCUGUCACUACAUACUUUAAGAAUACUGCAUUGUUUAUAGAAUAAAGCUAUAAAGCUCGUAUAUCGUCUAGAAAAAGAUUUGUCUUCUUGGCACUUGAUAUUCUCUUCUAUUAAACAGUCUUAAUCAGAAGGACCCAAUACUGAGACUUCUCUGCACUAUAUUGAUCAGGAUUUAGGAUGAGGAGGAUAUGUGUCAAGAUGACAAACUUUUCGUAAUAAGCUUCAGCUGCUACUUGAAACAAAAAAAUAUUCAGUCACUGGCAGUGUCAUAAACAAUAUUUUAGAAUUUAAGGCAUACUCCUAAUUGAUAUUUGCUCCUGUAAAUCUCAUGUCAAUGUGAUGUGUAAUUAUUAAUUUGUAUGAUUGUUUAUAUUAUAAAUGUAUAAAUAUAAAAACCUUCUGUGUAUAUAAGUGGAAAAAACAACUCGAAACCGUCUGGUCUGUGAAUACGUGAUUGAUGAUGCAUUACAGUGACUUCAUGUGUGGUGUAAUCUGAAAGCGUGUGUCGUGUAUGUGUGUCAAUAUAAAUAUGUCGAUACCUAGGUAAUGUGAAAAAAUCUUGGACAAAAAAAUGUAAAAUUAAUAUAGAACUUGCAGUUACAAAGAGUUACUCUCUUAUGUGAAUCCUAAUUGAAUAAAUUAAACACUGUAUUCAAGAUCAGUA